AUGGCUGAGCCAAACGGCAUUUAUAACCCAGACAAUGACCUGGACAUUGAUGAAGAAGCUACUGAUCAAGGAUGUAUCGACUGCGAGAAUGACUUCAAAGCAGCUGGUGCUCAUUAUCUGACAGUGGGAUCAAGGGAUCCCAUCUCAGGAAAUUGGAUUGCAUUAAUGUUUCCUGAAAUUAGACCAGACCGUCUUCGAAGUAUAUCCUAUUUGAUGGAAUUAGGUGCGCUCUACGAUGAUCUUAUCGAAAAUGCGGCAUCCGCAGAGCAGUACGAUCAAAUCAACCAUAGCACUGCGGAUUAUAUGACAGGAAAAAGUGACUCGGAAAAUGGAAAUAGUAUGGUAAAGGCGAUGAAGGCACGAGCAGUCCUUCAAGUUUUGGAAUUGGACGAAGUUCGUGGCAAACUAGUUAUUGAAAAAUACGCGAGAUUUGUCAAUGUUAGCCACGAAGCGCGAUCGGAAUUCAAAACACUCGAUGAGUACAUGGAUCUUAGAGCUGUAGAUCUCGGCAUGCUUUGUUUCUGGGAGACUUACAAGUUUGGAGCAGAUAUCUUCUUGACAGCGGAAGAGAACAAAUCUGUGGAAUUGCUCGAGAAGCUGGUUUCAAAGAGUGUUACGCUCCUUAAUGAUUAUUUUUCAUGGGAUAAAGAGUAUGCCAACUAUAUUAGGCGGGAAAAUCCCCAGCCUCUUGUGAACUGCGUGCAGCUUUUCAUGAACUGGAGAUCCGUAGAUGUUUUCGAGGCGAAGAAAUUGGUUCGCGAAGAAAUAUUUUUGAACGAGGAGCGCUUCUGCCGUACCAGAGCUGAGUACGUUUUGAAGCAUUCGCCAGGGCCACAAUUACGCCGCUGGCUUAAGUUACUGGAGUACUGCAUUGCGGGGAACGCUCUCUGGCACACGACAACAAUGCGAUACAGAGAAUGGAAGCUACCAUCCUCGGCAAACCAAAUAUCCAAAUGUAUCCUUGAUGAAGACCAAAAUCUCGUUGAUGCGCAUGGGGCAAUAGCCGAUGAAAAGACUGUAACGCAGUCAGUCGAAGACAACAGCGACGUAUUAUUGACACGGAAGGAACCUGUUUAUACUGUUUUCAGUAGCGAUACAAUGAAUUCUGCCUACAGUAGUUCCAGCAUUUUGUCAGAAGUCUCUGAGGUCAUCAGCGAAAACACAGGUAGUAUCUGUCAGCCCAACGGCAUAGAGAAGAAAAUAAAGAACUCUCGUACCUUGCCAAACUCCAGCCAUCAAAGCCUCAAUGCAGAUUCUACAGUCAUACUUGAUAAGACUACGGCAGAACACACCCGCGAUAGGUCUAUUUCCUGCCGUAAUUCUGAGCUAUCACUAAAUGACUCGGUUGCCCAGAAAUCAGACUUCAACUUAGCCUCGGAGUUGGCUCUACCCAGGCUCGAUAAUCAGGUAAGGCGGAUGUUUCACUUUAAUUGGAAGCGUGCUAAAGUUGUGCAGUUUGUUCGGGAGCCCUACAAUUACCUGGCAUCUCUUCCUUCAAAAGGGGUGAGAGAUGACUUAAUAGAUGGUCUAAACAACUGGUUCUUCGUUCCGCGAGGCGCUCUCACAACUAUCCGAGAAUUGAUAAAGACUCUAAAUAAUGUCUCACUUAUGCUCGAUGACAUCGAAGAUGAAACCACCAUCAGACGAGGAUACCCCGCGACUCAUGUCGUCUUCGGUGUCAGCCAAACUCUCAACUCGGUAAACUACAUCGAUAUAUCAGUUGAGGCCCUUAUGACCCUGUUCGGUCGGUACUAUCAGAUCCAAGAUGACUACAAGGACCUCCUUCCUGCAGUCUCAAACACACCAUCAUGCACCGACUUAGACCAAGGCAAUUUUUCCCUCCCUAUAAUCCAUGCCAUACGACGACAAUCCGAGAAAGGUAGUACAGAACUGCUCAGCAUCCUUCAAUCUCGAGCGAAGACGGGUGGGAUAUCUGCUGAAAUGAAGAAGCUCGUAUUGUCAAGAUUGGAAGAAGCAGGGAGUUUGGAAUUCACCAAGACUACACUUAGAAAAUUGCACUCGGGUUUGAAGAAGAACCUGAAUGGCCUGGAAGAGAAUGCUGGGGUGAAUUGGAUCUUGAGACUGUUGCUUCAUCGUUUGAAACUCUGA